UCCCAUCAUCAUUGCUUCUCUCUCUCUCUCGCUCACUUUCCAAUCAGAACUAGAAAGACGAUGGCUGAGGCACUUGUAUCUCCGAUCUUGGAGCAGUUAACCACGAUCUUUGUUCAACAGGUACAAGAAGAGGUGAACCUGGUAGUGGGUGUGAAGAAACAAUGUGACAAGCUGAAAAGCAAUCUCCUUGAUAUCCAAUCUGUCCUUGAAGAUGCAGAUAGAAAACAAGUUAAGGAUAAGGCUGUAAGAGAUUGGGUAGACAAGCUCAAAGAUGCGUGUUAUGAUAUGGAUGACGUGCUAGAUGAAUGGAGCACUGCAAUUCUUAGAUGGAAAAUGGAGGAAGCUGAAGAAAAUACUCCCAGCCGACAGAAGAUACGGUGUUCAUUCCUGGGAUCUCCUUGCUUUUGUUUCAAUCAAGUGGUUCGACGUCGUGACAUUGCCCUGAAGAUCAAAGAAGUUAGUGAAAAAGUGGAUGACAUUGCCAAAGAGAGAGCUAAGUAUGGCUUUGAUCUGUACAGAGCCACUGAUGAACUCCAGCGACUAACAACUACCUCCUUUGUUGAUGAAUCAAGCGUGAUUGGUCGAGAUGGUGAAAAGGGAAAUGUUGUGAGCAAGUUGGUGGCUGAAAGUAGUCAAGAAGCACGGGACGUGGAUGUCAUCUCUCUAGUAGGGCUGGGCGGAAUUGGAAAAACUACUCUCGCCCAACUAGCUUUUAAUGAUGCUGAGGUUACGGAUCAUUUUGAGAAAAAGAUAUGGGUGUGUGUUUCAGAUCCAUUUGAUGAGGUUAGAAUAGCCAAAGCUAUCCUUGAGCAGCUUGAAGGCAGACCAACGAAUCUGGUUGAAUUGCAAUCCCUUUUGCAAGGGGUUUCUGAAUCCAUUAAGGGAAAGAGGUUCCUUCUUGUCCUUGAUGAUGUAUGGACAGAAAAUCGUGGACAAUGGGAAAAACUGAAACCAUCUCUCACAGGCUGUGCACGAUGAAGCAGAAUUCUAGUGACCACUCGUAAGGGCACUGUGGCAACGAUUAUGGGAACUGACCACCAGAUCAAUGUUGAGAAAUUGUCUGAG